AAUCAUGUUAAAUUUUAUUUUGAUUAGAGUGGUAGUUGUCAUUUUUGUGUGUGUGCAAGUGUUUGCAAAUGAAAAAAUAAAAAUAUUCAUAACUGACCAUCCAAUAAUACAAUUUGGUGGAAAGAUGUACAAGAAAGAACUUAUUACUGACAAAUUUUACAGUCCUAAUGAACUGGAUUAUGAUAAGUUUAGCCGCAACCUUUUCUUUACUUAUAUGGAUGAAAAUAUUCAAAAUUCGGGAAGAGCUAUAAUAAAUGUUGUCACGAAAAAAACACAUAAAAUAAAAGGAAUACAAAACAAUAAAGCAGUCGCUGUUGAUCCGGAUACUGGCGAAGUAUAUUUUGGCAAUGAAAGAGGACUUUACAAAUACGAUAGAAAUAAACACGAGGCUACAAAUAUAGCACUCUUUAACGUAAAUGUCUAUAAACUAGUUAUUCGUCACAAUGAAAUGUAUUUGAUCGAUGCAAACAAUCAUAUGCUCUACAAAGUUUUCGACGAAGGCAACAUAAUCGUAAAAGUUGGAGAUUGGAAGACAAUUAUGAACUUUGAGAUCGACAACGAUAAGAAUAUACAUUUUGUGAACAUGUGCGGAGUAUUUUGUGCCGUGAAGGGUCAUGAAGCUGUAAAGAACAAGGAUAUAUCCGUUGCUUAUCAUUUUAUAAUUAAUGAUAAUGAAGUUUUAGCUGUUACGGAUGACGGGAUCUAUGAAGUUAAUUGUGUUAAUGGCACCGCCAUCAGGACUGGCUCCAUAAGCUUUAUUCCACACAGCAUCACCACGGGGGACAAUGGUGAAAUGUUUUAUUCACUAGAUAACGGAAUUUUCCGAUUAAAACCUAUAAAUUCAUAUUUCAUUUACAAUAUUCGCCGAAAGUCUCAGAAGCCCUUGAAAUAAAAUGUUAUCACAAACGCGUA